GGAGGGAGGAGCGGGGCCGGUGCCGCUUCCGCCCCGCGCGGCGCUUCCGGGUCGGCGGUGCCCGGGGAGCGGCGGGACCGGGCCGGCCAUGGGCGGUACUGUCAGGCCGUGAGGGCUUUAAUGGAACUAGAAAUGCAGUAAACCAGUGGAUGAGGCACAGAAUUAAAUCUCAGCAUCUGGAAGCUUUGAACAGAGUGCCAGUGUAUUAAAGGGUGGAGGUCGUGGGUUUCCAAGGGACCGGGAUAUUUCAGCACUGUAAGCAGUAAAAUGUUUGCCAAACUGAAGAAGAAGAUCGCGGAGGAGGCAGCGGUUGCCCCCAGGCCGGGAGGGACUGCCCGGAUCCCCAGGUCUGUCAGCAAGGAGUCCAUCACGUCGGUGGGAGCAGACUCCGGAGACGACUUUGCUUCUGAUGGAAGCAGCUCCAGAGAGGAUCUUUCAUCCCAGUUGUUCAGAAGAAAUGAACAAAUAAGAAAACUGGAGGUGAAGCUGUCUGAUUAUGCUGAUCAGAUCCGAAACUUGCAGAAGAUAAAAGAGAAGCUUGAAAAUGCAUUAGAAAAGCAUCAGGAUUCCUCCAUGAGGAAGUUUCAGGAGCAGAAUGAAGCUCACCAGGCCAGUCGAGCCAAGAUGGCUGAAGGAAUGGCUUUGGCCUUGGAACAAAAGGACAAGGAGUGGAUGGAAAAACUGGGUCAAGUUGAAAAGGAAAAAAAAAUGCUCCAAAUACAGUUACAAGAAGUGAGGGAGCAGAGUUUGAACCUUUUCCAAAAACGAGAUGAGAUCGAUGAACUGGAGGGCUUUCAGCAGCAGGAAAUUGCCAAAGUUAAACACAUGCUUUUGAAGAAGGAGGAGUCUCUGGGCAGAGCAGAGCAGGAGCUCGAGGCGUGCGCUCGGGAGCUGACCCGCGCCAAGGCAGAGCUGCAGGAGGCCAGGAGUGAGGCCUCGAGCCUGAGGAAGGAUCUGCAGGAGCUGCAGCAGCAGGUCUUGGAGCUGGAGGCACAGAGAGAUGAACUAAUGACUGCUGAGACAAAUGCAGAAAAUAAGAUCACUGCUCUGGAGUUAAGAGAACAGGAGCUACAAACUGUCAUUCAGCAGCUUUCUGUAGACUUGCAAAAUGCUCGAGUUGCUGGUUCUGGUUGUGAGAAGAGACUGGAAGUGUUACAGGCAGAGCAUGAAUCUCUGAAGGUGGAAUAUGAGCAGCACAAGCAAAAGAUGACUUUUGAAUUUGCUGAGAGAAAUAAAUUUACUGAACAGCUGCAGGAAAAAGUGUCUUCCCUGGAAAAAAAGCUAGAAAGGAAUCUCUCAGGAGAUGAACAUGUGCAGGAGCUGCUCAAAGAGAAAGCUGCUCUUGAGCAGAGACUGGAUGAGACCAGGCAGCAGGUAGUGACAGACAGAACACAUCACACCGAGGCUCUGAACCGGUUGGAAACACAGAAUAAAGAACUGGAACAAAAACUACAGAUUGCAACAGAAGCAUUGAAAAAGAGCAAAGAAGCAGCUGCUGAGCAGGAUCUGAAGAUCCAGAAGCUGCAAACUAAUCUAAAGCAUGAAAGAAGUCAACUGCAGCAACAGAUUUCAAGUGAGAAACAUCAGUAUGAUCAGAAAGUUACUGGGCUGGAGUCUCAGAUCACUGCUCUUGAAAAAGCUUGGGAGUUGGAUAAAACAGCGACUCAGCACAGGAUUAGCCAGUUGGAAAAAGAAAAUGGAAAUCUUAACAGAAGCAGAGAAGAGUAUGAGAGUUCUUUAAAACAACAAGAGUCUGAAUUGGACAGGCUAAAGAAUGAGUUGAGCAGUAGAGAGACUGUCAGUGUGGAAAUUGCCAAAGCACUGGAAGAAACACGGAGACAGAGAGAGGAAUUACAACAGGAGGUUUCACAUCUGAAUGCUCUAAUAAAGGAGAAGGACCAGCUGAUUGAUGAAAAAUGUGAUCUGCUGCUAAAACAGAAGGAAGAACUGAACCAACUCAGUCAAGAUCACGAAGCUGCCUUGCUGCAGGUGAACCAGUUGCAGUCUGACAUAGAAACAAGUCAGAACCAAGCAGUGGAGAAAGAGGAAACGGCAAGAAAGGAAAUUGAGGAGCUGAAGUUGCAGGUACAGGAGUGCCUGUUGGCCAGAGAACAUGAGAAAGAUGUUUUAGAACUGGAGGAGUCAACGAGGGCCUUGAACAAUGAGCAUUUCCCUUCUCCAGAAAAUUGUGUGGUGGAGCAGAAUGGAGAGGUGGCAGCUGCAGAUGUCAUUCAACUUCAGAAGGAUAACAGAGAGCUGGAACAGCAAGUUGCUGAGAAAAACAAGAUGAUAAAGCAGCUGCAGCAAAGAAUGACAGAACUCAAGAAAACCCUUCAGAAAGAGCUGAAAAUCAGGCCUGACAGUGAGGUACCUGAGCUACGUGAGAAAGCAAAUUCUGAAGUGCCUAAUGCUUCUGUGACUGUCACCAACAACUCGGACUUGAACGACUCGAGGGAGAUAAACUUUGAAUACCUUAAACAUGUUGUACUAAAAUUCAUGUCCUGCCGGGAGUCUGAGGCUUUCCAUCUCAUUAAAGCUGUGUCUGUGUUACUGAAUUUUUCACAAGAGGAAGAAAACAUGCUCAAAGAAACUUUGGAGUACAAGAUGUCCUGGUUUGGGUCAAAGCCAUCUCCUAAGGGCAGCAUCCGGCCGUCUAUCUCGAGCCCAAGGACUCUGUGGCCUUAAGGGAACCUGAAGGUGGGGUCAGCAUCCAGGCACUUCUUUCUGUGAAAAGAAUGCUGAACACACUGCUCCAGGUGUGUCUUAAUCACUGUCAUUGCAGUAUUUUGUACGAGAACUUCUGGCUCUGUUUACAAAACUAAUACUGUGCAAGGAGAAAUUUUCACUGCAGACUGCCACACCUCUGGACUGCAUGCAGGGACCGUCUCGGUGUCUGUGAGGGGAGCCAGCUCCUUGUGCUCACCAGUCCUGUGUUCUUGGCUCCAAAGGGUAAUGACAGCCUCGCUGACCACGGUGCUGGUGGGAUGGUGAUUCCAGCUGCUGUUCCAGGGUGCUGGAGUUGAGUGACUCCAGGCACAGAAAAGCUGCUUGUGUGGCUGUGGGAAGCCAGCAAGGAAAAAACGUGUUGGCAGAACUGUGUUGAGUGUGUGAUGGUUUGCAAAGCCUUUCACGGGACAGGAGCAGGAGCUUUAACCAAAAAAGAACUCUGCCUUGCCUUCUUAUACUGACAUAACUAAUGGUUGGCAUUUUUCAUAUCACUGUGUAAUUUAAGGUGCACAUAUCCUGGCCUGCAGCCCUCAAGGCUGCAUGUUGAUAAUGAUUAUUUAAUUUGAGAGCACAACUUUAGAGUUGUCUGAUUUUACUUUUCUUAAAGAAAAAUAAUAUUUAAAAUGGUCUUAAUUCUAGUACCUAAUCCUCAGUCGCCUUUGAAACUAAUCCAUUAGCCUGUUCCAUGGGUUGUUAGCAGUGGGAAGAAGGGGUAGGAAGCUAUUUUAAAUUUUUAAAGCUAAAGUCUAGGUAUUGUAAAUCCACAUUGAAAAAUAGCUUUUAUUUAAAAAAAAAUAAAAAAUCUAGUGACAAAGGGUGAAGAAUAUUGGUACUAAACACUUUAUUUUUUUUUUUCUUCCAAGUCUGCUAGCAACAAAUCUUCAUAACCAGGAUCUGCCUCUUUGGUUGUAUUUUCUGUACUUCAAAUACUGAUGCUUAGAAACUGUUAUCAACAUAUUAACUGUGUCCUGACUACAUGGUAAAAGAAAUGCUGCUCAUGAGGGUUUUGAGCGCAAAAGUCAACUCUUAGUGAACAAAUCUUGGUUCCAGCAGCUUGUUUUCCUAGUAAAACCAUAGGGAAAGGGGACCAAGGUGGCACAUGCCUCACUAUGGACAUAGUGCCCAUAGUGCCCAUAAACACUAUUGCAAAAUCUGGAUCCAAAUGGGAAGCAGCAGUAAGUCUGACUUCUUAAAAAUGAGACCUAUUUCCAAAAAACUACACAUGUAUGCAAUUCAGUGAGCAGGCUGCAGUUCUGGGAAUUCUCUUAGAAGGAGGUUCAUGUUACUAACAAUACUUCUAUUAAAUAUAUUCAGGAUACUUCAACGUGUUCUCCAGUGGAGAUGCAGUCACUGUUGAGGUGUUUAACUUUGCUGACAGGGCUCUGCCUGACCGUGGAGUGGCUGUGGAGAUGCAGAGUUGGAGGUGCAGCAGGUGAGCUGAUCCUGCCUCCCCCUGUGCUGUGCCUGAGGGGAAACCUCCUUCAGGGGAGGUCAGUCAGCAGAGGUGAAUGUGCUGUGUCCAGAUGAUCCAGAGCCCAGCUGGCCUCCCAAGCAGCCACAUCCCUGGAGCUGUUACCAGGUACUCCAGGAGCUGUUACCUGGGUACAGGUGACACUCCUCAGCUUAGAUUUAUCUGAAGUUAAGAAAACCAACAGGAUCUUUUGGUACACUAAAGCUUGUCCCAACAGUCUUUAGUAAGUGGAUCCAUGGCACUUCCAGAGAGGAUAGAACAGUUCACGGAAUGUUUCAGCUCUGCUCUACUGUGAAAGUAGACAAUCAAAAAGUAGAUUUAUCUCAAGUCUUUCUACUGAGACACAGCAGGGUGGAGUAACCCUGUUUGUUUUGAGAAGAUUUUAUUCUCUGAGGUCUUUUUCUUUCAAAUGUCCCUUUGCCCUGCCCUGUUUCUGUGGGACCAGAGGUCAGGACUCCCUGGCUCAGGUUGAUGCCUGCUGAAUGACUAAUGGGUUUAUGUUGAUCCUGGCUUGAAAGGUUACUGAACAAUAAGGAAUGCAGGACAGGCAGCCUGGAAUAGAGUAACAAAAUCCUAGGUUAUAUAUUCACUAACAACUUCAAUUUCAGAUCCCAAAGCUCAUACAGGAUCAACUUACCAUAAACUAGUUCUUAAAUGUUGAAUUUUCAUUAGAUAUCAGAGCAAGACUGGUGUGUAUACUUGUAUUAAAAAGCUAAUGCACUUUCCCUUGUCUCAGAACAGUGGUUAUACAUAAUCCUUUCUAUGGCCAUUGGAUUUCUUUCCUUCUAUGCUGUAAAUAUGGAUUAUAUGAUGAGACACUAUGAAAUUUGUGGUGCAAUACAUUUUGGAUCAAAACCCUAA